AUGUCGGCGAUGAAGAAGUGUUUGAGUCACUCAUAUCUGUACCAAAAACAGUCGAUGACCGCCGAGGAAGAGAUUAUUAGUCUGAAUGUCGGCGGCAAACGAUUCUCGACGUCUCGGCAGACAUUGACAUCGAUUGGCGACACGUUCUUCACGGCUCUGUUGUCCGGACGCAUACCAUCGCUGCGGGACUCGUCGGGCGCCAUCUUCGUGGACAGGGAUCCCAAACUGUUUGCCAUUAUUCUUCAUUAUCUGCGGACACGACAGCUGUUUGACAUGAAGGACGACCAGAAUCUGGAACUGGAUCCAAAACUGUUUGCCAUUAUUCUUCAUUAUCUGCGGACACGACAGCUGUUUGACAUGAAGGACGACCAGAAUCUGGAACUGUUGUUACACGAGAGCCAAUUCUAUGGCAUUACACCACUCGUACGGCGGCUACAGCUGUGCGAACAGUUGCACCGCAAGCCCACGUGCGGCGGAGACCUCCUCUUUCAGGCCCACAUCCGCGCGCGCAACAGCUCAGAGCCCGUCAGACAAGUGGUCGCUCAUCAUAACGCCAUAGCCGUCGCCCACAACCACACCGUCACCUGUUAUCGACUGAAGGACACAAUGGGCUGGCAGUCGGUGUUUGAGUCGCAACCCAUCGAUAGUGUCAUCUCAGAGAUCGCUUUUUACUACAACUGUGGGGUCGCGCCUCUCACGGGACCCAAACUCAUGCUCGCCAUCAAAGACCAGAAGUCUAUCAUCCGCUUGUGGUCUAUAACUGUCUCGCAUUAUAAUAACAUUAACACUAAUAGUAAUAAUAAUAACACAAACGGCAACUCUGGUAAUGAGAGCACCGGUAGUAAUAAUAACGGGUUUAAUGUGAAUAGUCAACAGAAGCAAGAGAUCGGACGCUUUCAUCUCAAUAAUUUGGCUUUGGGUAACGAGAGGGGAAGAGUGGGUGUCUGGCACUCAUCAUCGCAGCACUGGUUGGUUCAGGACCUAAAGCAGGGCUCAACCGACGUGUCGGCCAUCACCGCCUAUGAUAAGGCCGGCUGUAAUUUUCUUUUACUUGGAUCUGGUUUGGGAUCAAUAUAUCUGAUAGAUAUGCAGAAGUUUCCAUUGCGUAUGAAAGACGGGGAUCUACUCAUCAAUGAAUUAUACGAAGACCCAGAGAAGGAACAGAUAACUGCCAUUUCUUGUUAUCUGACCCGCACUCCCAAAACCAAUGGCAAUUGGGUUGAGAUCGCGUACGGGACUAAAGGCGGAACUGUACGCGUGUUAGUCCAACACCCGGAGACCGUAGGCCACGGGCCGCAGCUCUUCCAGACAUUUAAAGUGCAUCUGAAUGGCAUCGAGCGGAUAAUGUUGAGCGAAAAGUACUUGAUUAGCGUUUGCAACAAAAUGCAUGUCCGCACGUGGACUAUGACCAGAUUCAGGGGCCGCAUAUCGACCCAACCGGGCUCUACACCUCACGCCUCGUUCCGUAUCAUUAAGUUUGAUGAGAACCUAUUCGACGACGACGAAGACGAGGCCCAGUCCUCUGCGCCGACCAGUAGUACGGGUGGGAACGCCGCCAGUGGUAGCGGAAUAGUAGUGUCGAACUGCGAGGUCGGGCCGUUUGGCGAUCAGGACGACGGCGAGAAGCAAGUGUUUAUCGAACGCUUCCGAACCCAAACCGAUUCGGCGAAUGUGUUGACCGCUUCCAACGGCCAAAAGAUCUGUACAUUACGUUCGGUCGACAACUCAAUGAUCACCGCUUACUGUGUUCACGAGUGUGAGGCCGUGGCGAUGGGCAACCGGUCGCGGCGCUACAUAUUGACC